AUGGGAAUGCCUGGACCAGAGGCUAUGAUGCCAGGGCAUCCAGGUGGUCCAGGAUUUCCUAGUCGAUUCCCAGGAAGAGCCGGUUGUCCACCGGGCGCUAUGCCUCCAGGCGGAUUUGGAAUGUUCCCCGGUGAUCCGAGAGCAAUGCCUGGCCAACGGAUGCCACCGAAUGCGGCAAUGCGUAUGCCGCCCGCUUCAUUCGCUCCUGCUGGAAUGCGACCAGGUGCGCCAGGAGGACCACCUCCUCCACAAGGAAUGAGAUAUGGUGCGCCACCUGGUGGAGCGUUCAUGGAUUCUCCAGGACAGGCAUUUCCACCCGGUGCUGGCAUGAUGCCAAACGGUGGUGGUGUGAUGUGCUCGCAAGCGCCGGUCGGUAUGUCUAUGUCCUCUCCUGGAAUGCCGCCUGCUGGCGCAGCUGAUCCUCAUGGAUUUAUGAUGAGCGGUAUGCCGUCAAGCUCCACUGCCAUGCCUGAGGAAUGGGGCGGGCCGGGUACUACUGGCGGUCCUGAUGGCGGGCCGCUGACAGGGUUGCUGAACGGUGAAGAGCUGAAGCAGUCACCUGCCUCGACUCCUCGAGGUGGUGUGAACGGUGGAACACCGGCUCCGCCAGGAUCAGCUCACAGUAUGCAGCCCGCGUCCGUACCUGGAGGAGCUGAACUAAUGGAUCAACAGAGCACUAAA